GACUGCCUGUACCGACAUUCUCAGCAUUUCUUAUCGAAAUUGAGAAUGUCGUACAAAGGUAAAAAAAAAAAAAUGACAAAUGAAAGUCCAUAAAUUCCCAAAAUGGACAACUAUUCGCGGAAACAAAAGACCCCGGUCGCAAAAACAAACGCCUCAUCUUAACCACGACUCUCUAUCUCUCAAACCCACAUCGCUCUUCCACAAUUCCUCAUUCCCAGUUAGGGUUUUUAGUCUAACGAAUCAUUUUCGCUCUCCGGCUUCUUUCGAGGACAUGGAAUACACUUCGGAACCUGACACUGACCCGGAUACACGCGGUAGCCUUAUCGAUGGUCGAGAUGGGAUUGAAGGGGAUCUUAUUGCUUUGACGUCUGGGGAACGACUUAAUGAGACUGUAGAGGAUUUAUGUAGUGACUCAUCAGGAUUGAUUGUUGAGAAUGAAGAUGAUGAUAACAGCGCAGGGGAGAAGGGAGAGAUUGUGAUAGUAACACCAAGAACAUACCAACUGGAAAUGUUGGAAGAGAGUUUGAAAAGGAAUGUCAUCGUUGCGAUGGAUACAGGAAGUGGCAAGACACAUGUGGCCGUUCUCCGAAUACUAGCGGAACUUGAGCGGAUGAAGCCUGGCAAGAUAAUAUGGUUUCUUGCGCCUACCGUUGCGCUCUGUGCUCAGCAUCACGAAUAUCUCCAGCUGAAUAUUCCCUCUGUUUUGAUCAAAAUGCUUAUUGGUGCUGAUGGUGUGGAUCGAUGGACAGAGCAGAGACAGUGGGAUACGGUCUUGAAGGAUGUCAAGGUAGUCGUAUCUUCCUAUCAAGUUCUUCUAGAUGCCCUUACACACGGAUUCGUACGCAUGGGGCGUCUGUCCUUGAUCAUUUUUGAUGAAGCACAUAAUUGUGUAAAUAAAGCGCCAGGGGCUAAAAUUAUGAAAUCUUUCUAUCAUCCGUAUAAAUCGAUAUUCCCACUUCCCCACAUUCUGGGCCUCUCGGCCAGCCCUGUCAUGAGAUCCAGUCCACAAUCUUUAAGUGAUAUCGAGGAGACUUUGGAUGCCAUUUGCUGCACGCCAAAAAUACAUCGAGCAGAUCUUCGCCUUCGAGUAAAGCUACCACUUCUAUCUAUUAUCUACUAUACCCCAGAGUCAAAUAUCAUCGUGACGAAAACUGUGGCGAGCCUGAGAAAGAUUGUGCAAAGUCUCAACAUUUUCGAAGACCCCUACGUUUUGACACUAAAAAGGAGUGAUAGCGAAAAAAGUCAACGUGAGCUGGCGAAAGUACUCAAGAGUUUUAAGACAUAUAGUCAAACCCAAUUAAAGUCAAUCGACAAAACUAGCAACGAGAUUAUUCUUGUAGAGCUAGGCCCAUGGGCUGCAGAUUACUAUAUCUCAACAGUGGUGACGAGAUACUUGAAGGCAAUGUCGGCAAAGGACACUUUCAUUGUUGAAGAUUCACCAGCUGCCGAGAAGCUAUAUAUUGCCAAGGCUCUCAGACAAGUCGAAAUCUCUCCUUCAACUCUCUCAGAUACAGGCAAAAUUUCUAACAAGGUUGAAAAGCUACUGGGGAUAAUUGCGCAACAGAAGCCUCCCUUUUCCGCUAUUAUAUUUGUCCAAGAAAGAGCCACGGUGUCUGUGCUAGCCCAUCUAUUAUCGCAUCAUCCAUUGACAAAGGAUCGUUUUAAGAUUGGAACCAUGGUUGGCACAUCCUUAAAUGGCAAGCGUACAGACCAAAUAGGAGAGCUUGUCGAUGUUAAUCAACAAAAAGACACUUUGUCAAGUUUCAAGCGUGGAAAAAUUGAUAUCCUUAUAGCUACAAAUGUAUUGGAAGAGGGAAUUGAUGUUCCUGCCUGUAAUCUAGUGAUCUGCUUUAGUAAACCAGCAAACCUCAAAUCUUUCGUACAAAGACGAGGGCGAGCAAGACAGCAAGAUUCUAAGCUGAUUCUUCUUGAUGCUUCAGGUGAUAAAGCGACAAAUUGGCAUGAGCUUGAAAGAAAAAUGCGAGAGGAGUACGGAAAGGAAAUGCGAGAAUUGCAACACAUCUACGAAAUUGAGACAGCUGAUGAACAGUCGGAAGAUGAUAGGGUCUUGCGAAUAGAAAGCACUGGGGCUCAAUUAGACCUUGACAGUGCUUUACCACAUCUCUAUCAUUUCUGUUCAGUCUUAACAACAAAAGAUUUUGUUGACCUCAGGCCAGACUUCGUCUACUCCUCCGAACUGGGAUCGGAAUAUGUUCGAGCAAAGGUCAUCCUGCCUGGAUCGGUUUCUAAACCCCUGCGAGUCCAUGAAAGCCGCGGAUCGUGGUUGAGCGAGAGGUCGGCUGCAAAAGAUGCAGCGUUUGAGGCGUAUUCCGCAUUAUACAGGGGGGGCUUAGUGAAUGAUAACCUACUGCCCCUGAUGGUGCACGACAAAGUCAUCGAUGAGUUGACUUCAAAGCCCGUGGAUACUCGCGCGUCUCUUCUGGAGGUGAAGGAAAGAUUAAAUCCAUGGAUUGACAUUGCUAGAGCAUGGAAAGAGGCAGAACACCAUGCUGGAAUUGUUCGCACAUCGGUAAUGAUCUUCAAUGGGAUGAAGCUGGAACUCUGUCUUCCAAUUGAUCCACCGGCAAUACCCCCAUUAAAGCUUUAUUGGGAUGCUGACACCGAGUUCUUUGUUGACUUUACAAACGAUAUCGAGAUCGGCACCAGCGAGAAUAUGUUGGCACAGGCGUUGAACGAUACCAAUCUACUAUUAUCAGAUCGUGGUCGUAAAGUUCACAUCCAGUCACGUCGAACAGUUGUGCAAUUUAUCUUGCUUCAAGAUUCGGGCUCGCUCAGUUCAGAUUGUUUUCCGGUUGACCCCAACGGUAAUAUUAAAAGUACAGGUUUUAUCAGAGAAGUCGGUAAACUAGAAUCGCCCUACAUCUUUGAAAAAUGGUUGCCCAGUAAGCCACCGAUCAAUCAAGUCAAGAACCCUUAUCCAGACUUUCCAGAUGCACCAGAAGACGUCCCAUAUCUAGCUGUGGUUAAAGUAAGUCGCCGUGCAGACUUUUUGCACAAGGUACAGAACGAAAAACCCUCGUCAUUCACUAAACAAUUCUCGUCUGUUCUACCUGCCUCGACAUGUGUACAGGAUGUAAUGCCCGCACAGUUGUCUCGGUUCGGCAUGAUGAUUCCUUCCAUCACACACCACAUUGAGGUGCAACUCGUUGUAGACCGACUAUCCAGGACCAUCCUCAAGGAUCUCGAAAUUAGUGACCAGAGUCUUAUUCAGACCGCCAUCACACAUGCCAGUUAUUCGUUAGACUCGAAUUAUCAGCGUCUCGAAUUUCUGGGCGACUCAAUUCUCAAAUUGUGUACAUCGGUACAAUUGGUGGCAGAGCAUCUAGAUUGGCACGAAGGAUAUUUGUCGGCUAUGAAGGAUCGUAUCGUGUCCAAUUCACGGUCAUCAAGAGCGGCGGCUGAAGUCGGUUUGGAUGAGUAUAUAAUGACCAAGAAAUUCACAGGUGCAAAAUGGCGACCAAUGUACGUGGAUGAUCUGGUCGUCACAGAACAAAAAACAAGAGAAAUGUCCUCCAAAAUUCUUUCCGACGUUGUGGAAGCACUCAUCGGCGCAUGUAUGGUCGAUGGCGGCAUUCCUAAAGCCCUUAAAUCUCUACAACUAUUCUUCCCAGAACUCAACUGGCUCCCCUUAGAAACUCGACAAAUGACACUCUACCAACAAGCUGCUAAUGAUCUCCAUCUACCUAUAGCUCUCCGGCCCGUCGAGCAAAUCCUCGCAUAUACCUUCACCAAAAAAUCUCUCCUCGUCGAAGCCAUGACGCACCCCUCUUACACCAGCGGCACGCAAUCCCUCGAGCGACUCGAGUUCCUCGGCGAUUCCAUUCUCGACAACAUCAUCGUCACAGCCAUGUGGUCGCACUCGACGCCGCUCUCCCACUUCCACAUGCAUCUCCUGCGCUCUGCGCUCGUCAACGCCGAUUUCCUCGCCUUUCUCUGCAUGGAAAUGAGCAUCGACCAAAACGUCACCAAUCUGACCGAAGGAAAAAACCAUCGCAUCCACGAAACCCACUCGCGACGCCGCGUUUCCCUCGUCAGUUUUCUCCGUCACUCAAGCGUUCGUCUCUCUAUCUAUCAAAAAGAAGCGCUUUCUCGCCAUGCAGAAUUGCGCGAUCAGAUCCUCGAGGCAAUAUACACCGGUGAUACAUUCCCCUGGGCUCUAUUAUCCCGAUUGGACGCGCGGAAAUUUUUCUCCGAUAUGAUUGAGAGUUUGCUGGGCGCGGUAUGGAUUGAUAGCGGCUCGAUGGAAGUGUGCACGCAGCUGAUCGAAAGAAUGGGCGUCCUGAGAUACAUGCGACGGAUUUUGAAAGAUGGCGUGCGCAUCAUGCAUCCGAAGGAGGAACUGGGCAUCGUGGCCGAUUCUGAAAACGUCAGGUACGUUUUGCGGCGGGAGAAGAUGGGUGGGGAUGCUACCGAGGUAAAUGCGGACGCGGAUGAAGAGGUACGCACGGAGUACCGGUGCACAGUAUUUGUGGGCGGGGAGGAAAUUGUAGAGGUGAGGGGUGGAGCGAGGAAAGAGGAGAUUCAGGCAAGGGCUGCGGAGCAGGCGGUGCGGAUUUUGAAGGCGAGGGGUCAUGAGAAGAGGAAUGGGGGUGCGGGGGAGGGGAAAAAGAGAAAAUCGCUGGAUGAAUAGAGAGCAUUUGUAGGGGAAGGAGGAAAAAUUGAGGAGGAGGAUAAGAUGAAUUUUGAUAAAUUUAUUUCCUAACAUCAGGUCACAAUCUAUGAAUUACAUUUGAUAGUAUUACGUAUGCCGGUCUGUACACAACACAACCAUAUAGUAAGGUAUCAAUCAAAUGCGAUGGAUAGUCAUUUCAAUUUCUUAGUGAAUAAUUACAACGAACCAGUAAAAUAGCA